AUGGCGUCCGUUGAGAAUCAAUUCGUGAAUGCCUCCACCGAGCAAGAGUGGCUUGACUUUGAUCAGUUCCUUGACCUCUCCCCGAGUUACAGCGAUGAUUAUUCCGCUAACUCCAUCUCGCCGGAGAUGUCACUCCCUUACGAGGGUGAAAUGUUCGCCAACAACCUGCCAGACCUCACCCAGUCUUGCUUCCCCGACAUGGCCACCUACGACAUCUCACAUGACCCUUUCUUUGCCGACCAGGCCCCCGAUAUGGGCCUGAUGCCGGACUUUGUUCCAUCCUGCGAUGAUGCCAUGUUCACUGGAUGCCAAUCUUACGACACCACCUACGACUUCCGGCAAAUGGUUGAGGCGCAGGCCGCUGUCGACCCCCGUGUCGCUUCUCUCAAGGAGAAGCGUCGAGAAGCAGCCAUUGCUCUGCAUUUGCAGCGCCUAUGUGAUGCGACGGCCUUGGAUCUCGAAAUGUCAUCCGAUUCUAACACCAGCUUCUCAUCGCCUUGCUGGUCGGACUACAUGCGCGAGAGCAUCUCCCCUCAAUCCAAUGGUUCCAGCCCGGAACAGACUUCUGCUCCUCCCCCAUCCGGAAAUGGCGGCAUGGAGAUGGUUCUUGAUUUGAACAUGAAUGCCACUGCCAACCUUCCGAAGAAGCAGAAGCCUCGCUCCCAGGCGCAGAAGGAGAACUACAUCAAAGCGCGAAAAUACGGUGCCUGUGAGAAGCACAAGAAACAGCACAAGAGAUGUAACUGCCUUGAGAAGGCUGCUGCCCGUGCGGGCGCCUGUGAAGUCCCAAUGGACGUCGCCUUCAAAGAACGACCGACGCUACAAUUAUCGCCAACUCGAACUGUACAGUCACAGCAUUCAUUCAAUGCUUCUGAUCACGACCUCUCACGGGUUGCGCAGGUCGUACGUCCACCGAUCGAUAUGACCAAGAAGGCCAUGGUAAAAUCUCCUGUGAACGAGCCGUCAAUCAGCCCGACCGGGUACAAGCUUUGUGCUGUCACCGGUCCUGGAUACCAGUCAAAAACCGAGAAGCUCAAACAGUUUCCCUGGCGAUACAGUGUUGUCGCCGUCCUCGAGAUCUCAAACCUCGAUUAUGGCGAGCACGUCGCCUCAAACAAACCGGAAGACUGUUGUGCUGCCUUCCUCGAGACCUCAAACCUCGAUUAUGGCGAGCACAUCGCCUCAAACAAACCGGAAGACUGUUGUGCUGCCGUCCUCGAGACCUCAAACCUCGAUUAUGCCGAGCACAUCGCCUCAGACAAAUCGGAAGACUGUUGUGCUGCCAUCCUCGAGACCUCAAACCUCGAUUAUGCCGAGCACAUCGCCGCAAACAAACCGAAAGACUGUUGCGGUCCCCAAGGACCUCCUUCGAAGCUUUACUGCAUCCCAGCAUGCCAGGCAAACCAUAUCUACGACAAGCAAGCCCGAAAUCGGGACUCCCGGUCAACCCGGGACCCAAGUUCGGCGGCCGAGAGCCACGCAUGUCAGGCAUGUGGCUUCGUGCAGCCAGAAUGCUACCAACCAACCUUGGCCAGCCCAACCUGCUACUGGAAUCUCAACAAACUGUGGCCUCUGUGUGCACCGCUCCAGAACUGCAAUCCUUUCGAGUACCGCCAAAACCAGGUCUUUCUCUGUGGCGCGUCGCGGAAAUACAGAACAAACCACAGCUUCCUUAUUUGUCAAGAGUUCUGCACCCCAAAGCGCAAGCUCAAGCGGGCUGCUCCCCUACGGCGCCGCCCAACAACCGUUCGCAAUUCCAAGAUCGCAACCCCCUGUGGAACUGCAAUCCGCACGGCCGCAACGAUCCAUCAAGGACGACGGUCAAACUUCGAAUUUCGGGAGCAAUGCCGGCAUCCGCCAUAUCAUCCAGACCUUUAUUCACUCCGUCAAUUCUCAGCUUGGUCUUUCAAGUUCUUUGCCUUUGAGGCAGUCAACAUCUCUGACCAGUUGGGCAGAUCAUGUUAUCUUGAAGGGCCUAUCCACAGUUGGAAGCUGUCUGACGUCUGCUAG